UUCAAGAUCAAGAUGGCAGCCUCGGUGUGUCGGUGCUACGAGCUGGUUGGCAGACGUGCCUUGGCCCUCUGCUCCCGGCCUCUGGUCUCCUCAGUGUGGAGAGGAGAUGCAUACAAGUUACACAGGAGCCCAGAUGCAGCUGUGCAGGUACGAUAUGCUUCAGGACGUAAAGGUUUUCUGGGGGAGUUUGUGGAUAACCUUCGUCAGGAGUUCAGUAAGAAUCAGGAGAUGAAGGAGAACAUAAAGAAGUUCAGAGAAGAAGCCAAGAGGCUUGAGGAGUCUGAUGCUCUCCAGCAGGCCCGCAGGAAAUAUAAAUCUAUAGAGGCUGAAACAGUGAAGACUUCAGAGGUGUUAAAGAAGACCUUUGGCUCCCUGACAGACACCGUCAAAGAAGGUCUUGAGGAGGUGAGUCGCACUGACAUCGGGAAGAAGAUCAAGGAAGGUGUGGAGGAGGCAGCCAGGACAGCCAUGCACUCUGCCGAGUCUGUCUCCAAAGGAGGAGAAAAACUGGGCAGGACCAGCGCAUUCAGGGCCAUCUCACAGAGUGUGGAAACCAUGAAGAAGGAGAUAGAGGUUGGUGAUGCCGGCCCGUACAGGGCUCCAUCUCAGCUGCGGAAGAGAAGCGAUUUCUCCUCUAAAGGAGAAGACAGCGACUCCAGAGUGUUCGAGGCCAACGAAGAGGCUAUGGGUGUGGUUCUCCACAAGGAUUCAAAGUGGUACCAGCAGUGGAAGGACUUCAAGGACAAUAACGUAGUUUUUAACAGAUUCUUUGAGAUGAAAAUGAAAUACGAUGAAAGUGAUAAUGCCGUCAUCAGAGCAUCCAGAUUAGUAACGGACAGAGUCACUGAUUUCCUAGGUGGUCUUUUCUCAAAGACGGAAAUGUCCGAGGUGCUGACAGAGAUCCUGAAGGCUGACCCCACCUUUGACAAAGACUCUUUUCUCAAACAGUGUGAGAAAGACAUCAUCCCUAACAUACUGGAGGCUAUGAUCCGUGGAGAGCUGGAUGUAUUAAAAGAUUGGUGCUAUGAAGCUACAUACAGUCAGCUGGCCCACCCCAUCCAACAGGCCAGGGCGCUCGGGCUGCUCUUCCAGUCCAAAAUCCUUGACAUUGAUAACAUAGAUCUAGCGAUGGGUAAGAUGAUGGACCAGGGCCCAGUGUUGAUCAUCACCUUCCAGGCUCAGGUCAUCAUGGUGAUCCGCAGCCCCAAAGGAGACAUCGUGGAGGGAGAUCCGGAGAAGGUGAUGAGGAUGAUGUAUGUUUGGGCGUUGUGCCGUGACCAGGAGGAGCUGAACCCCAACGCAGCCUGGAGGCUCCUGGACAUCUCCGCCUCCAGCACCGAGCAAGUCCUCUAGGAGGAGGAACUCAGGUGAAAAGGUCCAUCUGGGACAGACAAGCUGAGAGAAAGGGGCGUAACGUGCAAGGAUGUGCCUGGAAUACCUUCACAUACAGACUCAUAUAUUUAUACAUUAACAUCUGAGGACGGAGAAUGCUGCUGUGUUACGGCGGUAUGUAUUUGCACACAGUAUAUAUAUAGUCACCCACUCUAAGGUGCGAAAAUAAACAGACAGGGGAUAAACUACCGGAUUAUGUUAUGUCCAUAGAAAACUUUGCAUUCACCAAUAUGUGUGUGUAGUCUCUUGCACUGGUUAGCUCAGUGUUUAGGUCUCCAGGUGGAGCGUGUAUUUAAAACAUUUACAUUAAUUUUGGAAAGGAUGGAACCAUGGUUUUCACCAACUGGCUAAAAGGGGAGAUCGGGCCAUUUUCCCCAACUUAGCCACAAAUGGUACAGUCCAUCCGUACCAGCCUGGUUUGCCACUGUCUUUGUAAUGUGCACAGGAAAUUAAAAUGUAGCCAGUGGCAUGGAGCCUUGUUACAGCAGCCACCACUGCUGAGUGGGACAGCAUGAGAGACCUUGUUCCUCAAGCUGAACAGGUCCCAUGCUUCAAGUUAAAGGGGCACAGUUUUCACAUGAAGACUACUGUAGAUUUCACAAGCAGUCUUCUUAUAUAAUGCCUUCUGUGGAUCUGGAGGGAGACUUCUAAAAUUGGAUAGAAUAAUUCAUAUUAGAUCAUCAGGGUUACCUUGGACUGGGUUUCAGACCUAAAAAAAAAGCCUGUUAUGAACUGGCGAUGUGGAGAUUGAAAGAAAUGGGCAUUUAGCAGGUAGGCAGGGUUGAACAACAGAUGCCACUGAGUUGUAUUAUGGGCAUCCAGUGGUUUUUGAGCUUGACCUCAUACUAUGGAUUAAAAGUCUCUAAACCUCUGUCUCUGCUGCUGCAAUUUUACCAUUCUAUUUUAAAAAUUGUCUCUUGUGAGUCUCCAAACCUGAACAGUGAAAAAGUGUAAUGCUAAAUUGCUGAAGUACCACUUUAAGCCUUAAUUCCAAAUAGUACUUUCUGCAUAGCUGCAUAGAUUUGUCAUCUGCCUAUAUCUGUGUGGGUCUGCCAACAAGUGUGUGGACACUUCAACCAUGCAGAUGCUCAGUGCAAUAUCUGCCAAGUCUGCUGUCUGUCAAUUUUGGAGCAUGUCCAGCUCUGUAGUGACCCCUUAAUCAAACGGUACCUGGUUACAUGUUUCUAAUCACCAUAGAAACACUCAAAAGGUGGAGGUGAAAUUAAAUAUUGAGACACUGUCAGUAAGAAAAUUGGUGACGUUUUCUUUCUCUUGGCCAAAUUACCUUUGGCCAUUAGAAGAAAUGCAUCUAAAGGAAUUACAGCAUUGGCUUCAAAUUCAGCGGUGGUGGUUUCUGCUCAUCUCCUGCCAGCGUUCAUAUCCAAAAUGUGUCAAAAGCUAAGCACAUGUGCAACAAGUACAAUUAAGUUUGAACCAUAUAUUAUAGGAUGUAAUGAUCUGUGUAGUCAGGGGCCAUCCUGUCAUAUGUACUGCAACUCAGUGCACUCAGUGCAAUACAACCUGAGAUACCACAAGCAACUGGAGAAGACAUAUCCAUGUGUGAGUAUUUGCAGUACAUGAAAUGCAGCUUAUGUUUGUGGUGCAUUAGGCUCUAAUUCGCUGUAUAUUCUGUACACCCUCAGAAGAAAUGUACCUACAUAUUAAUGAGCUCUUAACUCCUUGUAAAUAUAUCUAAUGUUGAGAACUGCUUCUUUGUAAGCUCGAGUGGGACCACAUUCAACCAUCAUCUUCAUGGCAGCUUUAUUGUUUGAGAAUCAUUUGCUAUCUCAUGGUGCACAUUUCUUACUGUAUGUGGCUUUUCAUUGGGUAAGUACUGGAGAUGAAAACUUGAAUGAAUGAGUACAUGACCGUACUGUUGUGUUGACUGUUUUUGACAUUUAUACUGAAUGUGUCUCUACUUGCAUGUCACUGAAGAUUGAGUACAUUAUGACUGAUUACUGUAGGUCUUUCCUUGGCUUUUUUUUUUUUUAAAUCUAGAAAGGCGUCCAUACUGGUGAAGAAAAGUUGAUCUCCUGAUGAGCGUCUUCAAAUCAUAACCACCAGAAUGUAAUGUGAAGG